ACAGCCAUAUUGUUUUUAAACAGGAAAUAGGAUUCCAUAUCAACAAAAACUGUUUCUGUAACAUCGGUCUGUCGUCGUCAAAUAAAGUGAAAGCCUGAUUGUGUGUUAAAUAAUUGGCCUUAGAAUGGCCUGUGACUUGCCAUGUAUGUCUUACAUGGCACUGUACGUUAUUUCCAUGCAUAUUGUUAACAGCAACAGUAGAUCCAGUUCACAUCACUGGAAACUAAAUCUUUCAGCAGGCAAAGUUGAACCAGCCAAGACUGAAACCAACAAUAGCAGUUCAUCAUCCAAUGAAACCAACAGCACCUCAUCUCCUACAACAGUCAGUGAACCUGAAGGCUCUAUGGAAGAGAGAAUGAUGGAGAUAUUGACCAACAAAAUAGUUUCUGAUGGUGAAUGGGUAGUGUCCUCACCUAGGGACGUCACUGAUUAUAUUUCUACGGGAGAAUUUACCCCUAGCGAUUGUCACACUGUUGAACAAAGCAGUGAAACCAAUAAGAAAGCCGAUGUACAUAAUUCAUAUUUAUGUAAAGAAAAUACAGAUACAAAUAUAAAUAAAGGCACAACAUCAAAACAUAAAACUAAUACAAAGAAAUCAACAAGUAAACUCAAACCAUUGAACUGUGGAAAGCGAGUAAACUCAACACAGUACGAUCAUUUAAGGGGCAUUUCGGAGCGACAUCUGCACUCUCACAUUCCUGAACCAGAUGUAGCUAUGAUAUUUCAGAAUAACGGAAAGUCAUCAGAAGUAGAUAUGAAUGAUUUAGAACAAAAAUUACGCAAAGCAAAAAGAGAUAUUGAAAAAGAUGGCUCACAUCAAAGACAACAGUCAGCUCAAGUAUACAAUUUGAUUGGGAAUUUCUGGCGGAUAAAGGGCAAUACUCAAACAUCAAUAGAGUGUUUUCGUAAAGCUUUGAGUAUAUCACCAGAGGACCCUGAUAUCCUUCUAAAUCUGGCCCGUGUUUUAUUUAAUUUACAGUAUCUAGAUGAUGCCAUUUACCUGGCCCGCCAUUCCCUGCAUCUCCAGCCAGCUGGACAAAACGCCUGGCUGCAACAUUACACACUGGGGGAAAUACUAAAAUCUUACGGACACCCUCAAGAAGCAGCCAUGCAUUUUAACCAAGCCUUGUUGUUAAACCCAGGUUUCCAGCCAGCUAAAUCCCACCUGCGAGACCUAGACUCGGAGCCGUCCCCCUCGGUCACACAUUUCACCCUGUUUAUUAUUUUGUUUUUAGUCGUGGGAGUUCUCUUUGGUGUGGUGACAUCCAUAGAAUCCAAUUUUCAAGACUCUGGUGCAGGCGAUGGUUCAAAAACCCAGCAAAGACAUUUUAACAGGGCUAUGGCAAUGAGGUCGAUUAAGCUUGGUAUUAAUCCAAGGAUGUGUCGGCUAAGGAAAGGGAAUUGUUAGUCAGGGGUUUGUAGUUCCCUAACUCUAUAGGACAUUAGUGGGUUAAACAAUGUAAUAAAAACAGCAAAUAUUUUACUAAUAAAAUGUUGUCGAGUGGGAUUAUUUCUUUUUUGAGAUUUGUUUUCAGUUGUCUUCUCUUUAGAAUUUUCAGAUUAAUUCCUUUAAAAUUUUCAAAUCAGUUUUUUUUUCUUAGCUGUAAACAAUUUAGAGAAAUAUUUAUCAUGUUUUUACUGUUUGAAUUACUUAAUACAGAACAAAUAACUUAUGUUCAAAUUAUUUAACUUAUAUUUUAAGAAAACCCGGUUGCUUCAGAUGAAUGCUAAGUAAUUAGCUUCCUAGAAUUUAAAAAAAAAAUCAAUUUUUUUUUCUUUAUUUUUACUGAGGGAAUUUCUGAAGGCUAUUCAGUUGAAUUCUGUUAUGUAUUUUUAAAAUAGUAAUUUACUUGCUGUGCUGGGAGCACUAGCUGUUAUUACUGUCAUUUUUUUUUUUUAUCAAAGCACAAAGUAGCUUGGCAUUAGAUAGUUGUUUCAUCAAAACAUUUGCAUGCUGACGCUUUGCAUGUUGUUGACACAAUAAGCAAUAGGAUAGAACACUGAAGAAGCAUUUUUCUUAUUAAAAAAAUUCUAGAAAUUUCAUAUGUUUGUUAAAACAUAGUCUUCCAUAUCUUAACAUCUGUAUGUUUGCUAGUGUUAUAAGUUACAAUAAAUUAAACUUAAAAUAUUUACUAUUAAAUACAGUUCAAAUACACAAAACCUGGAUACCAAAGCAAGAAGAGUUAACUCUCUUUGUGAUAUUUAUUUUUUCUGUUCCAUAUAUCUUUAUAGACAAUAUACAACCAAGAUACACUGUAAUUCCUUACAGGUUGUUACGAAGAUCGACUAUUAAUAAUAAGAAACAACUUUGGUUGAUGUAAAUGUUAUUUUUUAAAUAGUUAUAUUGAAAAAAUAUACUAUUUAAAAUGUCCAUUAGAUUACAGUAUUUAAAAGUUAUUUUGGUCUUGCAUGAAAGAGUUAAGUAGUUUAGACCUUGUUAUUUGUGUAAUGUAUAGAUCUAGGCCUAUUAUCCUAAUGAUCUUUUAUUCAAAACUGAUAGAGGAGGCCAGAACAAUUGGUACUUAAUUUAAACUAAAAUUUAAAUAUUCAGAAAGAUUUUUUUGGUUAUUUUUUACUUGUUUUAACCCUAGAUUUACCUCUGUAUUGAGAGAGUAGAAUAUUCAUGCCCAACACUUUGCUAUUGAGUUUAUUGUUUUCAACCUAGUUUAAUGAAUUCACUUUUCACCUACUAGCUAUUUAGUUGUGUGCCACCUGUUUAUUAAUAGCUAAUUAAUUUACAUUUGCGAUUAGGCUUUUAUUGCUACUUAAACUGAAAAGAUCCUAUACUAACAAUUUUUACAGCAUGUCAUUAGUCUUUUAAAGAAAUAACACCUUUAUCUUAACAUAAGACAUGUGUUAACUGUGUGUUAACAUAAGACUAACACCUCAUGCAUGUUAACUUAGACUAACACAUUUUUGUUAACAUUUAAUACACAGCAGCAAAGUUUAUGUUAUAUGAAUUAGUUAGUGUUAACAUGACAUAUCGCAUUGAAGCUAUAUUACUGUACAUUUUCCUUAUGCUGAGUUUUAGUUACUGUAAAAACUACUUACUCCAAGGUUACUGUAAAAUUAAUAUAGUUAAUGUAAAAUUUAUUUCCUGUCACAGCUAUCUGAAGCAUGUAUAAAUUGUAAAAAAAAAAUCUUUCACAGUCAUUUCUGUAGAAAACAAAUUGUUACUGUUAAGUCUUUGAUUAAAUAAAUCAGAUGUAAAUAUUUGCAAAAAA